GCCCUAUGCCCUGCCCUCCUCCUCCUCGUCGGCGAGCAGCAAGCAGUGCUGCGGAAAUGGGAGUAGCCAGAUGCCGCCGCCUGCGACUGGCUGCUGCCAGGAUUGCCGCUGCUGCAAGCAGAGCUAUGAGCACCUGCCCGUGCCACGGCUGCAGCACCAGCAGCCACCGCCUCCGCUCUUCCAGGCUCAGCAGCGGUCGGGGACGCAGCCGCCCCAGCAACAAGUCAGCUGCAUCACGACGCUGCAACAGACGACAACCACGCAGCAAAUGCAGCAGCUUCCGGCUGCCCCUGCCCCAGGUUAUGGCUAUGGAAAUUGCCUGGUUCCGCAUGUGCCCGAAACAAGGACAACGACAACCUCCAACACAUACGUGAGCAAUGCUCCGCCGGAACACACAGGCCACUGCCACUCGAAUUGCAGGGGAAAUACGAGCAGACGCAGCAGCGGCCACCAUGCACCACCACCCGCACAACCAAUGAUCUUGCUACCCUUCAUGAUGCCCAUGCAACAGCAGCAGCAGCAACAUAUGGCAUAUCCGCCUCAAGAAGAUUUCAAGCCAGUGAUCCAUGGGAAGCCAGCGCCGCCACCGCCACAGCCACCGCCUCCGAUCAGAAGCUACCAGCAGAUGCUGCAACCGCCUCUGCCUAUGCCUCUGUCUGCGUAUCAGAUGGCUCUCCCGUAUCAGAAGACAAUCCCUGCUCCCGUGUCGACACCGCCUUUGCCGCCGCCACCGCGCAGUGUGCAGACCCUCAAGACCGUGGCUGCAACGGCAAUCGACGCGUACCAAAGGGUGAGUCUUCCCAGAUUAUUCGCAGUAAAUCAGCAGCACUUAGGCAAUGGCCGCUCUGAUCCGCUGGACCUGGAUCUUGCACCUGUAAAAUGUUGCAAUUUGCUGGGACAAUGCCACACGUACACUAAAUAUUUAUGGGCGUGCGCUGGCAGCACUGCCAAACUUCAAUUUACAUAAACAUAAAAGACAAGCAACAUCAACGGCAGGCGGGUCGGGGCAGAGGGCACUCUUCACGGGGGCAAGGAGCAUCUGCAUCUGCAUGCAUGUCGGUGAGAUUUAGCGCAGCGACAGGACACAAAAAAUCAAAGCUACUGGAGAGGGCAAAAUCCGAAAGGUACAAGCGGAAGUGAAAGCACACA